AUGGCAGAACCGACAGAGACCAAUCCUGGAGACCCAGCCAAUCCGCCGACCGAACCAAAUGCGCCAACUACAGAUACCAGCCAAUCUGUCGCACAUGCUGAGACUUCGUUUGAAGGGGAGACAACGUCCCCGCAACAACAAGAUCAACAUGCAACUCCGGUGAAUGAGUCCCAGGUGGAAGUCGCACAGUUGGAUACAAGCGCAAACCAGCAGACGGCUGUCAGCAACAUUCAAGAAGAGGCUGGCCAAACUACGGAGGUCGCGAAUGUCACUUCUUCUAUAGAAUCGUCACUCCCACCAAUGGACACAACGGGCCUGGACGGUACGGAGUCCUUUGAUGAUACCGGAUUACCUUCUUUCGACUCGGCCCUUCCUUCUGUGGGAUCUUCUGCGGCCCCAGACCUAUCGCUGCCAGCUAUCGACACAACUCUCCCCUCGCUGGACUCUUCUUUACCCGCUAUUGGUACCGAUAUUCCGACCAUGGACGAGCACCAUACGUUUGACGACAGCCAUUUUGACGAUCACGACCACGACCAUACUGUUGAACCCUCAACGGACCACGACCACAACCACAACAUGGGCCAGCACUCGGGUUCUGCAAAUGGCUCGAAUCAUUACCAAACGCAAUCCAAUGGCACAUACCAGUAUACACAAAGCCCCGGACCACAACAGCAAUACGACGGACACCAGCAAUCCCAGGCUCAGGCUCAGCACCAAUUUCAAUCUCAACCGCCACAGAAUUAUCAGCAGCAGCAGCAGAACUCUGAUAUGUAUCAUAAUCAAGGGGGAUUUUCUUCUGUGAACGCAAACCCUGGAAACAAUGGCCAGGGACAACAUGGACAAGUACCGCAAGCACCAAUUGGCUCUCCAAUGCCUUCCAACAUGCCUCCGAUGGCAUCUAUGGGACAGUACAUGACUGGGUAUCCGUCCAAUGUACCGCAGCCGGGCAUGAACUCGAACCAGAUGGGAUAUCCAAUGCCUGGGGAUCCGAAUAAGAUUCUGUCGGGUGGGAGGCACAAGAAGGAGGUCAAGCGACGGACGAAAACCGGAUGUUUGACCUGUCGCAAACGAAGAAUUAAGUGCGACGAAGGUCAUCCAGUGUGCAGAAAUUGCGUGAAAAGCAAGCGCGAGUGUUUAGGCUACGACCCGGUUUUCAGGCCUCAAGCAUCCACUCCCUCGGCCAUCCAACCAGCUCCGAAUCCUCCCCCGUCGCUAGUCGUCAAUCCUCAAGGCCCUCCUGCCCCUUCGAUACCUUCGUAUCCUUCAGCACCUCCAGGGUACAUGCCCGCAUCUUCACAACCUUUUGCUCCUUCUCUUCAUUCUGAAUCACCCAGCACCUCAACUGAUCAACCUGACCACGGAGCUUCCCUUGAGUCUUCUCUUCCACCAAACAACCCACUACCCCAAAUAAAUAUGCAAAACUCGAAUGAUCAUGGCCACCAGGUCUCGGAGCCUACAUACAAAGCCAAAAACCUCAGCCUCAAUGACUUGAUGUCCUUGAGAGGUAUUCCACCUCCCCUACCUCAUCCUAUCGGGUCGCUUCCUCCCGGCCGACUCGAAGAAAUCCAGGCCGUCUUCCUCGCAACAUACGCCCCUGCGAUCGACAAGCUCCUAGAGGUUCGCUGGUACUCGGAAAAGGCGCUCCCUGUCCUCAUGGCCGAUGCACAGCUCAUGGCCGAUUAUUCUGCCUUGAUCAACGCAUUCAAUGACUGGAAUCUCAGCGAUGGAAAUACCGUGGCUCGUCUCGAGAGCUUCGAAGCUUCGAUUAUCUGGAGGAGACUGGAACUUGGUCGCCACGACCGCUCGUCUCAACGCAAUGGAGGCCCUCUUGAGCUGGAGCCACCUCGAUCAAAACUCCUUGUCAAGAGCGAUGGGAAUGGAUGCUGCCACCCGCCAAAUGCCCCAGAUCAGUUCUUGCAACGCCAAUUGGAUUUCUGGGGUGAGCUCGGCGAAUUUCUCACUCUCCACGAUAACGAAGCGAGCUCGGCUAAGCAAAUUGAUGACACACUCGGACGCUGCCGUCAACUGUUGGACACAUAUGAAAACCGAGACAUUAUCUACUCCAUCGCUAUCGCACGACACCUUGGCCAACGAUGGGCGGAUUUCCCUAAUAGCCUGCCUAAGGUUGGCUACACAACCGAGAAGGAGGCAGGCACCAGGCUCUUCGUUGCCCAAAAGUUCAUUGAGGAAGAAGCCGAAGGCAAGGGCACUACGCAGAUCUACAAGCGAAUUUGCUGCAUGGCAGUCCGUUCUUGGUGGGCUGCUCGCGAAUGA